AUGUCCGACCGCGAGAUGAAGAAAUUGGUCACCCGGCUCAACAACCUCUUUGACGCCGUCUACUCGCUCACCAACCGCGCCGGAAACCCGAUCCACGUGGACUUCCAGAAGCUCCCCCCGCGCACAGGCACGGACUACUACAAGUUCAUCACCCGGCCCAUCUCGCUCCACACCAUCGGCCGCACCAUCAAGCGCUUCCAGUACAAAGACGCGCAGGGCUUCAUCGACGACUUGGCGCAGAUCUCGUGGAACGCCCGCCACUACAACGAGCCCGGCUCCGAGAUCUACGAGAACGCCAUAGUCUUGGACAAGUUCAUCCGCGACACCGCCAUCCCCAAGCUCGCGGGCGACCCGAAGAUCGCCAACGGCGCGCACUUGCACUACCCCGACUUGGGCCCCUUGGGCGACUACGGCGCCGCGGCCUUUGGCGACGACGACGCGGCUCUGGGCAGCCCCUACGGCGUCAAGGACGACUAUGACGACGACGAGAACGUCACCACCACGCGCUACACCGGCUCCUCCUCCAAGCUGCACACCGCCUACAAGCUGCACGACGGUGCGGUGAAGCGAGGCCGCCCGCCCAUCAUCGACAAGCCCUACGAGGCCCGUAUCAAGGCCAUCUUGAAGCUGUUGAAGAAGGCCCGGCCUCUGGACGAGGACGAGAACUUCGCCGCGGUGCACUUCGAGCGCUUGCCCGACAAGUCCCAGUUGGACUACUACGAGUUGAUUGCGCACCCCAUCAGCUUGCACGAGAUCCGCACCAGGGUGCGCUCGCGCAAGUACUCCACGGUGCAGCAGUUCUUGGACGACUUGGCCUUGAUGAUCGGCAACGCCAAGACCUACUUUGGCCAGGACCAGGCCGUGCUCAACGACUUGUAUGUGUACGAGAAGGAGGCCGAGGCUGCCGUCGAGAGGGAGAUGCAGCGCCCGGACUCCGACUUCACCUUGGGGCCAAACGCAGGCGCCGACAAGUUCAAGAUCCCGCUCGACCUGAUUGCCGUCAACGGGCACAGCUACAAGGUGGGGGACUGGGUGCUUAUCCGUAACCCCAACGACGCCCACAAGCCCAUCUGCGGCCAAAUCUUCCGCUUGUGGUCUACCGACGGCGUGCAGUACACGAACGUGUGCUGGUAUAUCCGUCCAGAACAGACCUGUCACCGUGCCGACAGGAUCUUCUACAUCAACGAGGUGUGCAAGACCGGCGAGUACUCCGACCACAAGGCGGAAGACAUUGUGGCGCCUUGCUAUGUCAUAUUCUUGACUCACUACCAGAAGGGCGACAUCCCGCCAAACUUGCUCCCCGACGGCGCCGAGUGGUUCAUCUGUGAAUUCCGCUACAACGCGAACACCUACGCGUUCAACCGUAUCCGCACGUGGAAAGCGUGCUUACCCGAUGAAAUCAGACAGAUCGACCAGCCGAUCGUGCCGAUCAACGAGCCAAGAAAGCUCAUCAAGUACGACUCUCCCAUCAAGCAUCUUUUGACGCCAAACCUGCCCGACGAUGCAGCCUUGGUGAAGCCAGUGGAUGGGCCCAACGCCAAUGGACCCCCUAUUAUCGGGGCUGUGUUCCAGAAGCCACCCUACUACAACGAUGAAUUGGGCCAAUGUUCCACCUCGCCAAACGUGUCCCCGAUCCCUGAAUUCGAUGAUUUGGAGUCCGGCAGGAAGGCCUAUGUGUUUUUGCCUGUCUCGCAGCUGAAGCAGCACAACAGUGGCGGUGCCUUCGUCUCUUCCGGCACGCGACAGGUUGGUGCCAACUACAGUCCGGGGCAACUAGAGGACUCGCCUGCGCCAUAUGACAGUCCGGCUUUCAAAGACCACACAUCGUUCUCCACGCCCACGCCAGGUGGGUUGGGCACCAUCUCCCUCAACAAGUCCUAUGCUAAGACAGAUUCUUUGCUUGGCAAUAACCGUGACUCGACGCCGUCGGUAAUCACACACAAUGCUACAAACUACCAGACCACCACCUCGGUUUACUCCUCUGUUUUGCCUGGAGGUGUUGUGUCAUAUGAGGAGAAGAUCGCAGUGUCAGAUGCUAAUGAAAACCUCCAUACGGUGAGCGAGCUGCUUAUAAAGUCGGCAGGAAACGCCGUGUGGUUUCGUGCGCCGCCAGCAGUGAUCACCGAAAGAGUGAUCACACCAAUCAGCCACUCGGCCAAAUACUUGGCCUGGAAAAUCAGGAAGGAACAAAGGGCUUGA